AUGUCAACGCCAACCACGGCCGACCCGGACGGCUCUUUGGGCCAAUCAACUGCAAUUGAGCAUCUGUCAGACAGAGCCAUUCCUGCUAGUCAGACAGCAGAGGAAUCAACGCGGAGCACGGCUGUGACAACGCCCCCGGCAACUGCCCAAAAGGCACCUCCGCCAGAGAAGCCGGCCGAUAUCCUGCGCCGUACUUCCGUCAUCCUCUCCUUCUGGGCCAUAGUGCUCUGCUUGGGUCUCCCAAUAUGGUGGCAUACAACAACCAUUCACAAAGCCACGCUGCCCCUGGCACAGAUGUCAGAUUGGGCCAAUGGUUUGGCGUGCCCACCUCAGUACCCAAUCUACGUUCAACUGGCAGCGCCGAAUUUCGCCCCUGAGGACUAUGCCAACCUCCUGCGCGAUACUCAAGCCUCGCUCGACACCCUCAACGACGGCCCAGCCGGCGUGAAACUACGCCUCCAAGGCCCGGACGACUCAUCUUCAACUUCCGCGAUCGAGUCCAAAGUCGCCUACCAGGUCGAUCUCGAGCUGGGAAACGAACUACACGCCUUCCCCCACAAAGACAAACCUCGUCUCUCCAUACAGUUCCCGCAAAGCGCAGCCCGAUCACUGCCUUCUUACAUUGCCGGCCAGCUUCAGAAUGUCUUCCGCGAAGAGCGAGAUCUAGUCAGGUACUAUCUUGCCCACUCGUCCAUCCCUGCCGAGCGACUAGGCGAUGCUGCAAAGGGGGCAGUCAUGACGGACAGCCACCUUGCCAAACGCAUGACGCGAACACUCCGAUAUGAUCCGACCUUUCACCUGACCAUCUCCCUCUUCACCAGCGGCUCCAAGCCCAGCGCAUGGGACAUUGACGCAGCCGUAGCGGAGCACAUGCAGCCAGUCUUGGACAUGCUUCGGCCGAUACACAACUUUACCAUCGAUACCCAGAUCCAGCUCUUUGCGAGCCCCAGUGUUGACGCGCAAGUCCUGACCAAGGAGCAUCUCUCACAGUUCGUCAACGCAGCCGAAUGGCCCCUGUCGCCGUCCAUUGGAGGAGCACAUACAAUCAACUUUGUGAUCUUUGCCGGCGACCAGAUCAUCAGUACCGACGGCUCAGCCGGAGAAUCAUGGAGGUCAUGGCUCGUCCCGCAGUGGGGAAGCGUCUACCUGCUCGCACCUUCUUCUGAAGAUUAUGUUACCGCCGACGAACUCAAACUACCCCUCCAGAAGUUCACCUCGCAUUUAUUGUCCCUGCUGGGCGUGCCGCAGAGCUCCAGCCCCGCGCUACGCUUAUCCACGCUGACCCGCGUGCGGGCUAUUGAUCUAAUGCUCAGGGCGUCGUCCUCGCUCGGAUCGCUGGCGCGCUUGACGCAUGCACUCCCGAGCAUUUCGAUCCCUGAGUCGGUGGCCGACAGUGUGGCCAGGUCGAUUCAGCAUCUCGAGAACGCCUGCGCGAAUCUCGGUACCGAAUCCAGCCUACAACAUGCUCAGAUCGCGGAGGCGGAGGCUGAGCGUGCAUUCUUUGAGAAGAGCAUGGUUGGCCAGCUCUACUUUCCGGACGAGCACAAGAUUGCCGUCUACCUGCCCCUGCUGGGGCCCAUCGGAGUUCCUCUCGUGAUGGGGCUGUUGAACGAGUUCAAGGCUUGGAAGAAGAGACGAAGCGAGAAGUUGAAGGCAACAUGA